AUGUCCCAGUCAACAAUGGCCGAUGAAGAUGUGGAAAAACAAAACCGUGCCGAUGGGCCCAUUCGCUCGCCAGGAGGUACGCCUCGGCCUAGCCACGAAGAGAAAGAGAGCGUGGAUGGAGCAGCCAAUGGAGCCUCCAACAGCGUCGCCAAUGGCCACAUAGAGAAGAUUGAGCUGAAGGAGUGGCAGUGUUAUGAUAAACUAGGCUAUUCAUUCCCCUGGUGGAAGAAAUGGGGUAUCAUCUCGGUCAUCUUCGCGGUCCAGACAUCCAUGAACUGGAAUGCCAGCUUCUACGCCAGCAGCAUCUCACUCUAUGCCAAACACUUUCAUAUCGCAGAGCAAGCGGCACGAGUCGGCCAGAUGAGUUUCCUGGUGGCUUAUGCCUUUGGAUGUGAAUUCUGGGCACCCUUCAGCGAGGAAUUCGGCCGGUGGCCAAUCAUGCAACUGAGCCUCUUCCUGGUUAAUAUCUGGCAGUUACCCUGUGCACUAGCUCCUAACUUUGGCACAAUUGUCGUCUGUCGGACUCUCGGCGGCCUCUCGUCUGCGGGUGGCUCUGUGACAUUGGGGAUGAUUGCAGAUAUGUGGGAGGCAGAGACUCAGCAAUGGGCUGUCGCUUUUAUUGUCCUGUCUUCGGUGGCUGGUUCCGUGCUCGCGCCAAUUGUGGGAGGGUUCGUUGCGACGUUCCUAGAUUGGCACUGGAACUUCUGGAUUCAGUUGAUCCUGGGUGGCUUUGUGGAGAUACUGCACCUGUUCGUCCCCGAAACGAGGUGCAGUAUCCUCAUUACCCGGGAAGCUCGUCGGCGACGGAAGAAUGGUGACUUAGUCUGGAGUGGCGAUGAACUAAAAGGCUCAAAAUUGUCGUUUCGAUGGAUCUUAAUGAUCUGGGCACGGCCAUUCAUCAUGUUCCUUCGCGAACCUAUUGUCCUAUGUUUGUCAUUGUUGAGCGGCUUCAGUGAUUCUCUGAUUUUCACCUUCCUCCAGUCCUAUACCCCGGUAUUUAAGCAAUGGGGAUUUAGUACUAUCGACAUUGGGCUGUCUUUCAUUCCUAUCCUGGUUGGCUAUUUGAUUGCCUAUGCCUCCUUCUUACCCUGGAUCCAUCAUCAUUGUAGGGUACAAGAGCGAGACCCAGAUGGGCUACAACCUGAAGCACGACUGCAUUGGCUGCUUUAUGUUGCACCUCUUUUGUCCAUUGGACUCUUUGGCUUUGCCUGGACAAGUCUGGGCCCACCACAUGUUCAUUGGAUUGCACCAAUGAUCUUCUCCUGCUUGAUUGCCAUUGCCAAUUUCUCGAUUUACAUGGCGACGAUUGAUUACAUGAUUGCCGCAUACGGACCAUAUUCAGCCUCCGCAACAGGAGGAAAUGGAUUCGCGCGCGAUUUCCUUGCUGGAAUUGCGGCGAUGUAUUCGGUGCCAAUGUAUAAAAACAUGGGAACUGUCCAUAGGCUCGAAUGGCCCUCCACGUUCCUUGGUUUCAUGGCCAUUUUGUUCACGAUUCCGAUUUACAUCUUCUACUGGUAUGGUCCUAAAAUUCGUGAGAAGUCUCCCUUCGCCCAGACCCUCGCGGCAGACCGGAAGAAGGCUGGACGCAAGGUUUCCCAGUGCGGUUCGGGCGACCCAGACCCUGUACAACGAUACUUGUCGGGCUCGUCUACGUAG